AAAAUAACACAAUGACUGAAAGUGGCAAGAAACACAUUUCUAAGUGGGAUUUGAAAGUAGAAACUGAUGUCCCUGCUGAAAGCAGAGAAGACAAUUAUUGGCCUGAUAAACCAGGCAAGUCCAUUCAUAAUAAAGAAUCGAGUUCAGGAUUGAAUUCGCCAAAGGUUGCUGGUAGUCAAGAUCCAAGGUGGUCUAUGAUGGAGUCAAACAAAUCUUUGGAGCAAUUACCUGCAAAAAGAGGUGUAGAUUUGGACGAUAGCCUGAACAGAGACAUUAAUGAGAUUUCGCAAAGCAUGACAGGAUGGGGUGGAGAUCGAGGUUACAGUUCUAGCAUGUCUCCUGGUCUUGAUGCUUGGAGACAACAAAAUCAAAGUCACUCCCCAAAGUGUAACUGGAGGUCACUCAGGAGCAGGAGCAGGAGUAGGAGCCCGCCUCAUGGCUUUAAGCGGGAAUCAGAUCACAAGAGAGACAGAAGUAGCAGUGGAUCAGGAGUAUCAGCUCCAACAUGUAAUGAUUUUGCUGCAGGCAUGUGUCGGAGGGGUGGUCACUGCAGGUUGCUUCAUCAGGACAACCAGGAGGUUCAGAGGUGUGAGGAUAGUGGGACUUCAGAAAGUGGUCCAGCGGGUAACUGGGGAAGCAGGAGUGGGAGAGGAUCAUUUUUGAAGCAUUCCAACAGUGAUGAGCUAAUAGAUUACUCCCGGGAUAUGAUUUCACAUGGUUAUGGAGACAGGGAGAAGUAUGAGCAUCCAAGGAACGACAGAUCUACCAAUCGCUGUAAUGAUUUUCUGAAAGGCAAGUGUUACAAGGGAUCAUCAUGUAAAUAUGCCCACCAUGAUGCCUUAAGUGAUGGAUAUGGUGGAUGGUCUGGAAAAGAUGUGACAAAAGACAGGGUCCAUGACAGAAGGGAGGCACAUGAGUAUGAUCAUGGACGUGGACCCUUCAGAAAUAAUGGUAUUCCUUGCAAGUAUUUUGCAGCUGGAAAUUGCCGCAAUGGAGUACAUUGCAGGUUCUCUCAUGAUGGUGGACGGUGCAGUCUUGAAGACAGGUCUCAGGGUGAUAGGUGGGGCCAUAAUUUGGAUAAUGUAGAGAAGUCUCCUUACUGUAGGCCUGACAGUGGGGAUAGACAAGUGGGUUUUAAUGAACCAAGGGAGACUAAGAGGCCUGAAGAUCAGUGGGGCCAUAGUUCUGCUAAUGAGAACAGGUCUUGGGAAGGUCCAACGAGGAGUGACAAAGCAGCUGGCCAGAACCUGUGUAGAACUCCACAUCCGAGUGAAAAUAAUGCUGCAAGCAUGAACAUUCGUGAAUCAAUUGGUGCUGGCAAACCACUUGAUGUUGCUGAUACUUCUUCUGCAGCAGCUGUCACGGAACGAUAUCCUUUGUACAUUAAUACAGUAGAACACCGACAGUUUCCUCAAGAUUUACAAUCUCGAACACCAGAUUGGAUCUCUUUACCUACCUGUGAACAGAAGACAACUCAAGAAAGUUUACACCAACCGCAACAUCCCAGUUUGAGAGGGGAUGCUGCUAUUGCAUUCCCCCGUGGAGGCAGCAAUAUUCUACCUAUGGUUCCCAUGCCUGGGAAAAGAUUCAAUCAUGAUGGCCAGAGUGGAGGGAGUUCAAGCUUUAACAUGAUUGGGCAGAGUGAACAAAUAGUCCCUCCACAUCUUUCACGUGGACGAACUUUGAACCUUAGCAGGGAAAAACAGUCAAUAAUCUCUGAAUCACCUUCAAGUCAACAAGGUCAAACACUUAUUCAUAUGGGUGGGCCUACUACUAAAUCGGAAAUGGAGGUUGCCAAAACAUCAAAAGUAGCUUCAGUAGCUCCGCUUCAUAAUGUAGUAACCAGUGAGCAGGUCGUUCAAAUGACUACCCUUUCAGCAUCAUUGGCUCAGAUAUUUGGAAAUGGGCUGCAGCUUCCACAAUUAUAUGCUGCUUUAAACCCCCCUAAUUCUAUUGGCUUCGUUCCUUCCCAGCCAAGCCCUGCAGCAAUGAGCACAACAGUUACUUUACCGUCCAAUGAUCCUAAUCAAACCGCCGGGUCUCAAAAGCCAUAUGAUCCUAUGGUUAGCAUUGAAUCAUGCAGGCCUGUCACCAGUAACCAACCCCCAGUUUAUUCACCAAUUACUGUUGAACAGAAUAAAGUAGCUGAACAAAUGCCUUUAAAAAGUUCUGUUCCAUCAUCUCUUAAGAAUAAUUUUUCAGAUGACACACUUAAGCACGAGUCUCAUAAGUCAGAGCAGCUGGAGCCAGUUGUGGCAUGUGAGGCUGUGGUAAAAAAUGAUAAUACUGAUCAGAGAAAGAAGGAUGAAAAUGGUCAUUCAGAGGACAUGGAUGUUGAUAUUCGGGUUGAUGAAGAAUGUAAAAAGAGCAAGGAUGUGAAGGCUAUGCGCAUGUUUAAAUUUGCACUGGUGGAGUUUGUUAAGGAGAUUCUAAAGCCCACAUGGAAAGGCGGACAAAUGAGCAAGGAGGCUCACAAGACCAUAGUAAAAAAAGUAGUUGAUAAAGUGACUGUUACGAUUGAAGAGGCUCAUGUCCCUGAAACACAAGAGAAAAUCGAUCAUUAUCUGUCAUAUUCUAGACCCAAGCUUACAAAACUUGUACAGGCAUAUGUGGGAAAGUAUUUGAAGAGUUUGACCAUUGCUGGAAAACCUUAAAUUUUUAUUUGUUCCUUGUAUCAAACAUGACAAUAUGUCAAAUCAUGGGUUUUAUUUUUUUGGGUGUAUAUUUUGGUCUUAGCUUCCUUCAAUGUAGAGGUAUGAUUUUGUGUAUUUCCCCAUU